AUGUUCGAGAAAUCGUUGGUAGACCUCAUCCGGGGUCUUCGUGGCCACAAGGGCAAUGAGGCAGAGUACAUCCAGGGUGCUCUCAAAGAGUGCCGGACCGAAAUCCGGUCACAGGACCUCGACGUCAAAGCAACGGCGCUUUUGAAACUCAUCUACCUGGAAAUGUUUGGAUACGAUAUGACAUGGGCGGCGUUCAAUGUUUUGGAGGUCAUGGCCUCUCCCAAAGUCAUGCAGAAACGCGUCGGCUACCUAGCCGCAGUCCAAAGCUUCCGACCCGACACAGAGGUUUUGAUGCUGGCCGAAAACCUGCUGAAGAAGGAUCUCACCUCUCCGUCGAUACCUAUUCUUACUCUCCCGAUCAUUACUCUGCCACAUAUUGUCACUUCUUCGUUGGCACUGUCCAUCCUGACAGAUCUCCUACCACGGCUGUCCCAUUCCCAACCCGCCGUACGAAAGAAGACCAUCGUCGCCCUGUACAGGCUUGCUCUAGUGUAUCCGGAGACUCUGAGAGUGGCCUGGCCGAAGAUCAAGGAACGCCUUCUGGACGAAGACGAAGACAGUAGCGUUACUGCCGCUACCGUCAACGUCGUGUGCGAACUGGGCUGGCGGAGACCGCAAGACUUCUUGCCUUUGGCCCCCAGGCUGUUUGAUCUCCUGCUAGCCCAGAAGAACAACUGGAUGGGCAUCAAAAUCAUCAAACUAUUCGCGGUCCUGACUCCUCUGGAACCAAGACUGGUCAAGAAACUGGUGCGACCGCUGACGAAAUUGAUUCAAGAAACCACGGCCAUGUCUCUACUCUACGAGUGUAUCAGCGGAAUCAUCCAAGGAGGAAUCCUGGAUAUGGCCGAUAGUGGGGUUGACGUCGAGGAAGUGGCUGACCUGUGCAUUUCCAAGCUGCGAGGCAUGAUCGUGCUAGACGGCGACCCGAAUCUGAAAUACGUGGCGCUUCUCGCGUUCAACAAGAUCGUCGGAUCUCAUCCGGCGCUUGUAUCGAUGCAACGAGAUGUCAUCAUGGCAUGCCUUGACGACCCGGAUAUCUCGAUCAAGAUGCAAGCCCUGGAACUUGUGUCGGGCAUGGUUAACAGUGACAGCCUGCAAGGGGUCGUGGACCGGUUGAUGAAACAGCUCGCGAGCUCGCCGUCGGCUGAUGAUGCCGCGAACGGACAUCCAGACGAAGGCCAGACAGAUAUGGAACAGAGAUUGAUUCCUGACAAACGAGGGUCCGAGAACACGCCGCUGUCAGACGACUACCGGCGAGAAAUCAUUGCCCGAAUCUUGGACAUGGGCGCACACAACACGUACGCCAACAUCACCGACUUCGAAUGGUGGAUUGAGAUUCUGGUCCAUCUGGUGCGACACCUGCCAGCAGACAAAGAUACUACAUCCAGAGGGUUGGUCGAUGACACCUCAUCUCUGGGUGCUCGAGUCGGGGCCCAACUCGUUGACAUCGCCGUUCGAGUGAAGGAACUUCGACCCGAAGCCACCAGAGCCGCAGAGACGCUUGUGCUGUUGUCGAACAGAGUCAUCGCAUUCCCGCUUCAUGGUUCUGGCCAGAGCCAAGUGCUGAGGUCGGCCGCAUGGAUAUGUGGCGAGUUUGCAAGCUAUCUGACGAAUUCCUACGAGGUUCUCAACUCCUUGAUCCACGAGACAUCCGAAAGCUUUGGCCCUCGCACGCUCGCAAUCUUCGUUCAAGCUGUCCCGAAAAUCAUUUCUCAAAUCGCUGUCACCGCCAGCAGCGAGUGGAAUGUGUCGCGAGGCUCAACAAUGUCGUUGUUACUUGCGCGGACCACGGAGUUCCUUGAGAAACUGUCGUCUCAUCCCAACCUAGACGUCCAAGAGAGGAGCGUCGAGUUCCUAGAGCUCUUACGUCUCGCCUCGGAAGCACUCUCGGCGCAGUCGACCGACAGUACGGAAGCGCCGCUCCUCUUGACGUCUGCAAUGCCCACACUGUUCUCCGGAAUGGAGCUCAAUCCUGUCUCGGCGGCAGCUCAGAAGAAAGUGCCCUUACCGCACGACCUGGACCUGGAUGUCCCGAUCAACCCAGACUUGCCAUCGAUACUACAGUCCUCCCAGGUAGCAGACGAGGAUGAUUCCGCGGACGACGCGUUCCACUCUUUCUACCACAACCGCGAGGCCGUGCAAGCAAUGACAUCUAUCCAGUCUCAGUCUUACACGCCUUCAUCAACGGUAGACCAUCCCUCCGACACGGAAGCGUUUUCGUACCAAUCGGCGCCAGAGUCUCCAGGCACUCUCGCACGACGUAAAGCCGAGAGAAUGGCCCGAAACAAGGACGAUCCAUUCUACAUCGCCCCGGCCGACGACUCGACUCCUCACCAUCUACACGACAUCAUCCGCAAAUCCAACGGUGACGAAGAACUCGACGUCGACUCGAUCCCGAUCAUCGAUCUACAGAUCGACCAUACCCAAACCACAGCCACACAUCACGGCGGAGACGAAGCUUCUCGCCAUCCACCAUCACCAAGAAAGAAAAAGCCGAUCCGGAAAUUUGUGGUCGCUGCAGACGAGACGCUAGAACCCGGCGACGACGCCGCUGAUGGCCAGCUAUCGCAAUCAACAUCACAGUCACAGUCACAAUCGCAAGCAACUUCUCUAUCUACCACGCCCGUCCCUCACCGGCCACGCUCCAUGAGUCCACACACAGGGUACGGAGCACGUGGGAAAGCUCCCGUCCCCGUCCCCGUGCGACCGACGCGUAGCCUAUUGACCGUGGACUCGUCGACGCUGGCGCGAUUGACGCUCGAAGGCCCCGCCGAGUCCGAGUCGGAAAUCAUGCGCCGCGAAGCCGAGGAGGCCGAGAUGGCCAUGGCCCUGCGCGAAGUGGAGCGCAAACGCCUCGAAAUGCAGCGAGAGGCCGAACGGCAGCGCACCGUGCUGGGCGAGGGCGUCGACGUCGAGGGCACCGUGGUGCGGCGCAAGAAAAAGAAGAAGCAGCGCGUCGAAGUCGAGAGUGAGGGCGCCCAUCUUUUCCAACUUGGAGGAGGAAGUGGUGGUGUCGACGAUGCCCCGGAGGGAGUAGUCGGGCUUGUCAAGAAGACGAAAACGAAAACGAAAAAGAAGAAAGUCCCCAAAGUCCAGUCCGAACAGACUGGUGUUGACGUUGACGACGCUGGACUGGCAACUGGAGCUGGCAAUGGAAAUGUAGGCCAUUAA